AUGAGCUACCGGGACCGGGAUGACCGCCGCGGCGGCGGCUACGACGGCUCCUCGACGAGCAGAUACGGCGGCGGGGACUCUGGAGGACGCAGCAGAGACCGGUCGCGCGACAGGCCGCGCGACCGGGACUCAGGAUCGGCGCCGCCCGCGGAGCAGCAGGAGGAGAGCCAGCCCAAGGUGUCGGGCGCCUGGGACCCCGCCAAGGAGGCGCUGGCCGACCCCACGUGGGCGCGCAUCUACAUCUCGAACCUGCCCACGGACGUGACGAGCGACGAGCUGCAGGAAAUGUUCGGCGCCAUCGGCGUCGUGGCGCGCGAGAAGCAGAAGCGCGGCUACAAGGACCAGUGGCCCUUCAAGAUCAAGAUAUACACGGACGCCGCGGGCCAGCCCAAGGGCGACGCCGUGCUCACGUACGAGGAUUCGAACGCGGCGCGCACGGCGCCAGAGUUCUUCAACGACCGACCCGACCGCCGCUCGCGUCCGUACUGA